CACUCACACCCCCCCUCAGAGAAAGAAAAGAGGACACAUUUUGGUCAAUGUGUCUUCCACACAAUCUUAAGAGGAAAUCAGAGGAAACGUUUCUUCUUCUUCUCUCUUUUUUUUUUUCUCUGCAUUUUUCUUCUUCGCGGUGAGACGGUUUGUUCAUUUGUUCAAAAAGUGAAUCAUGCUCCUCACAGGCGGUCAGAUGACUUCCAUGCGCACGUUUGCCUUCAGCUGCAUCAUGGUGUUGUGUUUCGCUGGACUUUUCUUCAUUUAUUACAAGCCUGAUGUCAACUUCCCCACUUUUGCCAUUCACACGGAGAGAAGAGACCACUCUUGUCAGUGUCCAGUGGACGCAGUGGAGCAGAGAUCGAACCCCAACUGUUCCUCAGAGCCGCAGAUCGACCCAACUGACGUCCAGAAGAUCCAGGAGGACGCUGAGCCUGACACUGUUGUCUUGGUCUGGUUCUGGCCGUUUGGUGCUAAGAUUAAUCUCAACUGCGACACACACAAUUUCAAAAGAUGCCUCUUGACGGCGGACAAGUCUCUCUAUGAUGAAGCCCAUGGCGUUCUCAUCCACCACAGGGACAUCAGAGGGGACAACUUGCCAAAAGAUCCUCGUCCCUGGUUCCAGAAGUGGGUGUGGUAUAACAUGGAGUCACCAACAAACACACAGCAAGUAUCUCACAUUGAUGAAUUAUUCAACUUGACCUGCAGUUAUCGCCUGGAGUCAAACAUCCCUGUGCCUUAUGGACAUUUGGAGCCACGAGCAUCUGGAGAGAAGACUUUCCAAGUGCCACCAAAGGACAAGCUGGUCUGUUGGAUUGUGAGCCACUGGAACCCAAAUCUUACAAGAGUUCAGUUCUACAAUGAAUUGAAAAAACAUGUGAAUAUAAGUGUUUAUGGACGAGCUGUUAGAAAGCCCACAACUAAAGAAGAAUAUGAUCCCAUUGUAUCUCGUUGUAAAUUUUACCUGGCCUUUGAAAACUCUGUACACAAAGACUACAUUUCAGAGAAGUUGUACCGCCCUCUGAUGUUAGGAACUAUACCUGUUACUCUGGGCCCUACAAGGCAAAACUAUGAGGACCAUGUCCCAGGUGAUUCUUUCAUUCAUGUCGAUGACUUCCCCACAGCAAAGCAGCUGGCAGACAGGCUACUUUACCUCCACCGAAAAGAUGAUGAAUAUAUGAAAUACUUUGAAUGGACCAAAAAGUAUAAAGUUAAAAGGGCAGUGUUUGGUACAACACACGCCUGCAAAACAUGCUCUUACCUACAACAACACAGAGGGUACGAGGCUUCUCGGAAUCUUAAAGAGUGGUUCUGGGGUUGAUGUGAAACAGAUUUAAUGUCACCUCAUGUGCAAGUAGAAGUGAGUUGACAUGGCAUGUGGUUUUUUUUUGAUUCUUUGGUUUCUUGUCACGGUGGUGGAAUGUACCCUCUAAUAACGUGGUAGGACUGGAACAGGACAGGAAACCUAAAGGUGUGGAGAUUAAGGGAGGCACACCUUUUGUCUUUGUUAUAAUGAAGUAAACAUGUUAUCAGUGCAAGUGUCGAUGCAACAAGUUGAACAGAAGCCAUUGCGAUUGCUACAUUGUUCAGGGGACUUUUUCUUUUGUGAAUAAAGACUUUUUUCAAUCAUGAA